UUUCAGCCUGUUUUGCCAGUAUACUGGCAAAACAGCUAUACCUCAUAGCCUGGUUUGCCAGUAUACUGGCUUUUGGGGGGUGGCUUCUAAAAUUAGUCCGUUUCUUGUAGUUAGAGUUUUUAAAGUUAUUUCUAAAAACAAAAAUAGUAAAAAGAAACGAAACCUUCCUUUUUUAAGCGUCUUUAUGCAAUAACCUGGAUUGUUUUUUUGUUUUAAUAUUAUUUUAAUUAGUGUGUUGCUUAGCAAACAAAAACAAACAUGGAUGCUAUGCCUGGAUGCAGUAGUGUUAGUGGUAGGCCUAAAAGAUUGACGGUAGCACAAGCUACUCAAUUGUUUUUAGCUUUAGAAAGUUCUAGUGAUAGUGAUAGUGAAGAUGAUUCCACAUAUUUGCCAGAAAAUCAUGGUGUAGAUGAUAACAUUGUGAAGAAGAAAAGAGCUAGACAUGAUGAUACUGUGGUUGACUCAGAUUCUGACAGUGAUAGUGGCAGUGAAGCUAACAAUGAUGGGACUGGUAUUAUUGCUACAAUUCCAGAACCAGAUGAUUUUAGACCUAGAACUAGUGGUAAUAAUGAUGGGUGGCAAUGGGAGAGGGUUGCUGACAAUUGUCCUGUCAGUACUGCCAAUACAUUUAGAAUGUCCCAGCCUUCUAAAAGUGGAGUCAAUUCUGAGUUAGAUUUGACAAGAGAUUCUACACCAUUUGAUGUUUUUACCAGGCUAGUAGAUGGUUGUAUCAUGACCUUUUUAGUUGAUAGCAUUAAUGAUUAUGCUAAAAUUGUGAUUCAAAAACACAAUCCUCCUACUGUCAGGUCCACUUUUAAUAAUUGGACAGACACAAAUGUUGCAGAAAUGUACAAGUUUCUCGCAGUUUUUAUUUCGAUAGGUCUACAAAACAAAAAGUCUGUCAGGGACUUUUGGUCUAAUAAAGACAUAUAUUAUCAGCCAUGGUUUAAUACCAUGUUUACAAGAGCUAGAUUUGAACUCUUGUUCUUUAGCAUGAUGCAUGUAGGUGAAGCGGUCUCGGUCGGUAAGGAUAAAGUUGAACCCUUCGUAAAGAUGAUGUGUUCAAAUUUUCAAAAGGCAUUUUAUCCUUUUGAGGAGGUUGCUAUUGAUGAGAUGGUGAUAGGAUUUAAAGGCAGGUUUGGACCAUUACAGUACAACCCUAGUAAGCCUGAAAAGCACCACAUAAAAAAUUAUGGCCUGUGUGAUAGCAGUACAGGUUAUGUAAUAAAUCUUAUUACUUAUUAUGGAAGUGACACUACUUACUCAGACUCAUCAAAGAGUAUUACCAGCCAUGCAGUCAAAAUAUUUGAUACCCUUCUACAACCACUUCAAAGUGGGCAUCAUAUUUUUGCUGAUAGAUAUUAUACAUCAACAGAUCUCUUGGAAUAUCUAACUCAGAAAAGAUUUUAUUAUACUGGGACAGUCAACUUGGCUAGGAAAAAUUUCCCUGCCGAGCUCAAGAAGCAAAAGCUGCGUCACAGAGAAACUCAAUUUUACAAGUCUGUGGGCAGUAUAGAUGCUCUUUGUGUGGCAUGGCAGGAUAAGAAAGCUAAAAAGCCUUGCAUUAUGGUGUCCACAAAAUCAACCAAUCGCAUCAUUAAUGUGCAACAGAAGCGCAGUGUUGUCGAGAAGCCAGAAAUGGUUCACGACUACAAUAUGAUGAUGAAUGGUUGCGACAGGGCAGACCAAAUGCUCUCUUAUUAUUCUGUGCAUUCUAGAAAAAGCAUGAAAUGGUGGAAGAAAGUCUUUUUCUGGAUAUUAGAAAUUGCACAGAUUAAUGCCCUCAUCAUUUAUAAUGCCACACAGGUUACAUGUGACCAGCCUUCAAAAAAGCUUUCUUUAAAAAAAUUUAAAGAAACUUUAAUUGAUGGUUUAGUUGAUGCUGCCACUGCACUGGGUGAUGUUCCCAGACAGGUGAAAGUGAAGACUGUUAAAGCUGACAGCAAAAUAGCACCUGGGCCUCAUCUUGUUCAUUAUGAAGAGAAUGAUCGCCCUUGUGUCUAUUGCAAGAGUCAAUCACAACGGAAGCGGACUAGAUUCUUUUGCUCGGGUUGCCCGUCGCAACCUCGGCUCUGUGUGAAACAUUGUUUUCGUCUAUACCAUGAGGAUCUGGCAAAAAUAUAGCUUUCGAGUAGUGGCAGUAGCAUCUAUGUAAUGUAAAUAAAUGUAUAUAUAUGUGUGUGUGUGUGUGUAAAAUGUAAAUAUUAUUCCUAUUUCACUGGAUAUUGUUUUUUGCCAAAAAUGAUUUCGAAUUGGAUUUACAACUCUACGCGUCUAAGGUAAUAUCUGUUUUAUAAUCUUCACUGCAUGUUUAAGUGUUGUAUAUCAAAUUAUUCAGAAAUGAAUCCUCUUUCUAAUUAAUGAAAAGUAUUUAGUCAAAAUGGUCAAUACAAAAAAAAUAAAGAGUAUAUAUUGAUGUUAUUGCAAAGAAAAAAAAAUUGCGAAAAAAAUUUGACUAUGAUCUAAGACAUGAAAUUACAAAUUAUUUACAUUUAAAAGAAUAAAGAAAGGGUAAAAAAGAAUUCUUAUGCAUAUCUAUGUAGUUUAAUAUAUAAUUUAUGGUGACUGUAAUAAUAAAGAAAUUAAAAAAAAUUAUUUUAUAAUAGAUAUGGAAAAAAAAGUAGUUUAAUUAAAAUUAAUGCAAUUUAGAAAAAAAAUUAAAUUAAAAUAAAUAAGCAAGAAAUUAGGAAAAAAAAACUUGAUUUAUGUUUAUCAAAAUGAAUUUACUUUAAAAUGAGUACAAAAUAUACUCUUUUCAAGCAAUAUUAUACAUAUAUUAUGUAUAACAAACCUAGACAAAAAAAAAUUUUUUUACUCUUUUAUUUUUUUCCAUCCUAUUCAACCUGCAAAAUCAUCUAUACAAAUUAAAUAAACUACAAAAAGAUUAAAAGAGUUGUGUUGGUGAAGAUCUUUGCUUUAAUUUGAUAUAUAACUUUAUUUAUCUGUGAUUUACCGUUUAUGAGAUAAAAAAUAUUUUUAUAACCCUAUUGUAAACAAAAACUGGUAGCCAUUUUUGCCCGCAUCCAUUGCUAUUUUAGCAACAGGCUGAAAGA